GGAAGUUGAUUUUGUACCUCUUCACCGCCGGAAGUUGACAAAUACAGCGGCAGAAUUAGAAAAUGGAUAAAAUGCGAAAUGUGACAAUUUUCAAGAUUUAAAUAGUUUUAGUAAAAAAUGUUUGAAAUUCCAGAUGAUGACGAAAAUUUCUGGAACGAUGUUCCAUUAGAAGACAACUUCCUGUCAAAGCCUGGACCCCUGACAGGUAAAGAGAACAGGCCACAGUUGAGAGUACCAGAUACAGCAUGCACUGGAAAUCCUGCCAAAAGAUUAUGCACUGACUUCAACAGGGAUGGGGCAUUACCAGUACAGGCAGAGGUCAACAAGUCACAGCCAUGGUUAAGAGGUAUUGACAGUAUAAACAACAACAGGAGUAGCACUGUAGGGAAUACUGGCACACCAGUACAAGCUGAGGUGAAAAAGUCACAGCCUCGGCUUAGAAGCAUCAGCAGUAUAAAGAACAGUAGCAGUACUGUAGGGCAUACUGGCACACAAAAUGUUCCCACACAACAGAGCAACAGGUCCAGUGUAUACCAAGAGGCUCCAGUGCAUAUACCCUUUCCCAUGCAAGCACCAUGUUCAAACAUAGAGUCUAGUAUACAGCCAGAAUACAGAGGUUCAAUGACUUACGUAAAUACUGACAAAAACAAAGGAGCUUGUUCACAUCCAACAGGAAAUGGUGCAGAUAUUAGAAAUAUUAACUCACCUGGUAGUAAAAGUGAUAAAAAGGUGCCUGAAAGAAUAAGUUGCCCAGUCAGUGAAAAUGGAAUUCAGUCAAACAAAGAGUCUAGUAUACACCCAACCUGUUUACAGAAAGAACCUUCUAGCACAGAUGGUGGUGGAAAAAGGAGGUCAAGGUCAAGUGAGAGUGAGGCUGGAGAUCAUGUGACACCAAAAAGGAAAAGAAAAUUUCCUGGUCCUGCUGGCAUUCUUCCAAAACUGGGUCCAGGAAGAAACCUAGAUACAAUGUCCCCAGCAACACUGAAUACAUCCACACCAGUGUCAGACAAAUCCCCUCCAGAUGACAGUGUGAUACUAUGUUCUCAGCAAACAGAUGAUAUAUUUAAUGAACCUGCGUGGCAAAGUUUGCUCACAGAUAUGGGAGAGGAUGGCCAGAAACUGCUGAAAAAAUUCUCAAUCUCUUCAACAGUUCUCAAGGCUGGAAAGAAGCAGCUGAUGCAGGGAAAAGCAGCACUAAUAUUUGGUGUAAUAGAUUCUAUAGAAAGUCAUGGGUCUGAAGCUAGUGUUACAAUUAGAGAUAGAUCAGGUAGAAUGCAAGGCACUAUACACCGUGAUCUGUUAAAGGAUCACGAGUCAGACUUACAGAUUGGAACUGUCCUUGUAUUGAAACAGGUCAGCAUCAUAAGUUUAUCAAACAGAAACCAUUACUUGAACAUAACACCAAAUAAUGUGGUGGUGUUGUAUCGGGGAGGUCAGAGUUCACUGAGAUCACUGAAGUUCCGUGGUAGUGAAGACUCCCUGCAGUCUGUGUUGUCGGCUCUCGAGAAAAAAGCAGCAGCUCAACAAAGUAACCUGAAUAACAGUCUCUCAAUGACACCAUCCAGUCUUACAGGUAGUGCAAGGCAUUCAUUAACUGGUUCUGGUACUGGUACUCCUCAGCUCUUUGGUGCUUCACCACUGACUGGAUUGGGUACCAGCACACAACGAUAUGGUGCAUCUUUAGGUACUCCUGUACCAAAUCAGAGACUGUUUAGCCCUCAAACACCUGUCACAGGCAACUCACCGAGUAUACAAGGAUCUGCGCCUACAGUUGUCAGAGAUGUUUCUGUUGUAGAAAGAAAUAAUACAGAAACUUACACAAGACAAAACACUUUGACACCAAACUUUAACAACACCAGAUUUCAGCAACGAAUGAGUACACCUAUAGGAAGUACAAAUCAUAGAUCAGAAAAUGCUGUAUCAGACAGUACAUUUUUCAGUACCCCUAAUACAAACUUUAAGGUUGUCCCUGUCCAGAAUAAUACAAAUUUGUCACAUCUCAAUACAAAAGGGAAUUUAUCAUUGACUAACCAAAACAGAGGAAUAAACACUGCAGAAAAUGACACAAGAUAUGACACAGGGUCAUCAGGUAAUGCUGUAACUAGUGUUUCUGUAGCAAACUUUCAGCAACACAAUGUCUCAACAAAUCCAGUGUUAAAUACACCUAGCACAGGUGGAAAGUCAAAAUGGAAGUUCAAAUCUCCACCAAGUAGAAGUGGUAGCCUUCCUGUAUCACCUGAUUUAAGUGCCAUACCUGGGAAUUCUGUAAACAAUGGGGUAGGAAGUAUAAAUGGGAUUAAACCCAGUGCUCAAACUAACACAGUCUCUUCAGGAAAUAUGAAUAGAAAAGGUACCUUUCAGUUUUCCCCAGGAAAUAUAGCAAACAGUAAAUCCAGUGGACCUGUUGGUAAAUCUUGUCAGCUGAAUGGCAGUCAGAAGACUGAAAACAGUUCAAGAGUUAAUUCAUCUCUAAAUAGUGGAACAAGUUCAGCAUGGUCUUUUAAAAGCUCAAGGAUUGUGCCAACAGUCAGUAAGAUGGAAAGUUUGUGUGGGCAGACAGACAAGUCUGUAACACAUUUUAGUGAAGAUAAUCUCUGGGAGGAUGAUCUGACUGAUGAUCUGUUGUCACAGUUGUCCGAGGAUCUUUCUUCAUGAGAGAAAAAGUUGGAAGACUUCAAUCAACAAACUGGAAUAUUUGAAAACCGAAGAGUUUCAAAUAACAUCUACCAGAAAAUACUCUCCUUUCUGUUUGUCUACUUUUAUGUAAACAUACUGCAGGAUUGACUUACAGAAGUAAACUGGAUAGACUUUCAUUCAGAAAAAACCUCAUUUUAGUCUUGAAACAUUUUUUGCAAAAUUAGCAAACUUGCCAGUAUAGAUGUCAUAACAGUAUGAUGUAAUAAGUGUGACAUCAUACACAAGAUCAUAACACUUGGUCAGAUAACAAAACCUCUGCAUUUUUAGCUAGACUAUUCAAAGAAUAGUCUAGCUAUUCAACUCACCGUGGCAUUACCUUCGCUGUCACCUUGGUUAAAGUUUUGAAUGCAAGUACAUUUUUAGCUCAUCUGCUUUUUUGAAAAAAAAGUGAUAAGUGAUGAGUUAUUGUCAUCACUUGAUCGGCAUUGGCAUUGCCUGGUUAAGUUUUAUGUUUAGGUCAGCUUUUCUCCUAAACUAUCAAAGCUGUUGCUUUGAAACUAGCAACACUUGCUCACCAUCAAUAGCUGACUCUGUACAGCAAGAGACAUAACUCCAUCAUGCUUUUUGCAAGAAUUAUGUCCCCUUAUUUGGUCUUAGAAAAUAUCAGAUAUCUUGGUUAAGUUAUGGCGUUUAUGUUAACUUUUCUUCUUAAUGGUCAAAGCUUUUGUUUUAAAACUUGGAGCAGUUAUUUGCCAUUAAAAGCUGACUCUGCACAACAAGGACCGUAACUCUACAGUGCUUUUUGCAAGAAUUAUGGCCCCUUUUGGACUUAGAAAAUCAUGAGUAGGACAAUAUUCCUGUUAUACAGACAAAAAAAAUCAGAUGAGCGUCUGCACCCGCAAGGCGGUGCUCUUGUUUUGUACAUACAGCUAUCAUGUAAAGGCAUAUAGCUUUGAAACUUAUUUUUUCUUUUUCUUGGUCAAUAAGCAACCUCACUAGGUCAAGUCCUAUAACUCUGACAUGCAUUUUGGCCGAAUUAUGCCCCCUUUUGGACUUGUAUAGAAAAUUCUUGUUAAAUUUUUGCAUGCAAGUUGCUGUCUCUAUAGAUAUUUUAACAUUUAGGGUAAUAUUCCUGCUUCUGGGAGCAUUUUAUGGACAGCUCUCUGUUGUUGUUUUUUUCAGCUCACCUGAACAUAAAGUGUUCUUGGUGAACUAUUGUGAUAAUGUUGUGUGUGUUGUCGUCCAUCUGUCGUUAACAAUUUCUUAAAAUGACACCUCCUCCAAAACCACUGACUGGAUUUUAAUGAAACUUGGCCAGGAUGUUCCUUGGGUGGAACUCUAGAUCAAAGUAAUGUAAACGAUACCGCUUUGUUGCACAUAGGGGCCGCUAGAGCUAAAAGUAGAAAAAGCUUCAAACAACUCGAUAGAUUUACAAUGAUCUUAGAAUUGAACAAGGAAGACGUCAAAUCUGGAUUUCCAGUUUAAUCUAGAAUUUAUCAUUCCUAAAUAUCUUCAACCUUGUAUGCUCAUUUUUUCUGUUGAUUUUUUUUUUAUGUAGACUUGACUGUUUAGUUUGAAUCAGAUACAAGUUUGUAGUUAACAAAAUGUAAGAAAUCUAUGCAUAAUGCUAUUAGUCCUAUCAUGGUUUAAGGUAAAGAAAUUAGCUCAGUUUGCAUGACUUUAUGUUGUUAUUAUUUGUCUAGUCAAAAUUGUUUUUCUUUGAUCAUGCUUCUCAUUGUAUGGAGAUUACAUCAGUCAACAACAUUAGUCUCUGUUGCUUUGAAGUUUGAACAUGUUGAUUUAAUGAAAUGAUAUUUAUUGCAGUAAAACCAAUAAUAGCUGUAGAUGGUACUGUAAAAUUCUUUAUGUUCCAGUCAAGCAUUGUUAGAUAUUAAGAGUAUUU